AUGGUGGGCUCUCCUGGCUAUAGUGGCACUGUGGUCCUGGUGGUGGGCACUCUGGUACCUGAUCACGAGUCUGUCAGGGUUAACACACCUCAGAGUCCAGUGGCAGACAUCUUUGCCACGCUUGCCAAUCACGCUGACCCCGCUCCCGCCUCCCACAUGGUCACACAGUGGCCAUGGCCUCGCAGCACUGGCCAGAGGUUCCUGCAGCCUACAGAGAGGCUGCCCGAGGCCUGUGCGCCAGGGUCAGGAUGGACACAGCCAAAAGAGGAGGACCAGAAACCAUCAACUUCAUUGAAUCCAGUAUUAGAACUUGAACUGGCAGAGGAAAAGUUACCCAUGACUCUUUCUAGGCAAAAGGCUUUGGGGGAGUCUUUAGGAAAAGGUGAUGAUCAUAAAGCUGUGGACAUCAUUACCAAAUUCCUUAAGUUCCCUCUUGGUGUUUGGGCUAAAGAACUGAAUGCCAGAGAAGACUACGUGAAGCGCAGUGUGCAGGGUAAACUGAACAGUGCUAUGCAGAAACAGACCGAGUCCUUUCUCAGACCCCUUUUCAGAAAGCUACGGAAAAGGGUUAAUGAUGCUUAGUUUCAGAUGGCCAUUGGAAACGCCCCUUGGCCCAUUGGUGUCACUAUGGUUGGUAUCCAUGCCAGAACUGGUAGGAAGAGAUGUGAAUACACAACGUCAUGGUUGGUUGGGAUUGAAGAGGUUAGUGACCAUUUGCCAGAAGUACUUUCCUACAGAUCCCUCAAAAUGCGUGGAGUACAAUGCAUUUGGUGUAUGGUGUGUGGAUACAGGGAGAAACUCCAGGGAGCACGGUGCAGACUUCUGGAACUUCCAGCAGGAACCAGGGAAGAAGACAAAUGGGUUUUCUAGACUCUGGGUUCUACCUAAUGCAGUUCUUGCAUUUUAAGAAGUGUCUUGGCGCUCAUAUCACAGCUGACUGCAGACUGACUUCUGUGUUGCUGAUGUAUUAAAUAGUUGAAAAACUAAAACUAAGUUCAGAAAGACUCUCCCUAGUUUAAAUGUGCAGACAGCGGUCACAGAAGAGGUUUAAAAUGACUCUUUCCCUCGAGACCUGGGAGUUGCAGUUUGAUGACUGAAAGUUCAUUUGAGGGUGGAUUUCAUUGUUUCUGUAAAA